CCUUUCACGACUCCCACCACCAUGUUGUUCAAGGCUGUACCCCUCCUCCUUUUGCCCAUUGUCGCCGCCGCCAACGGAAUCCACAAGCUCAAGCUCACCAAGGUUCCUCGCACGACUCACAAUCCUACUCUUGAGUCGGCGUAUCUUGCCGAGAAAUAUGGCGGUCAGCCCCAGCUGCCCCUCAUGGGCGCCGGCGGUUUUGGUCGCAACGUGCGUCUCGCACGGCCGACGCGACAAGAUGGAGAGGAGCUGUUCUGGACACAGGAGGAGUUGCUCAAUGGCGGCCACAGCGUCCCUCUCAGCAACUAUCUGAACGCGCAGUACUUUGCUGAGAUUGAGCUGGGUACUCCGGCACAGUCGUUUAAGGUUAUUCUUGACACCGGUUCGAGCAAUCUAUGGGUACCAAGCACCAAGUGCACUUCCAUUGCCUGCUUCCUCCAUGCCAAGUACGACUCCAGCUCCUCAGGGUCGUACAAGGCGAAUGGAUCCGAUUUCUCAAUUCAAUAUGGCUCCGGCUCCAUGGAGGGUUUCGUCUCCCAGGAUACCUUGACGAUUGGUGAUAUCGCUAUCAAGCAUCAGGACUUCGCUGAGGCUACCAAGGAGCCUGGCCUUGCGUUCGCCUUCGGCAAGUUUGAUGGUAUCCUGGGCCUCGCGUACGACACUAUCUCUGUCAACCACAUCACGCCUCCCUUCUACAACAUGAUCAAUGAGAAGCUUAUCUCCGAGUCUGUCUUUUCCUUCCGCCUUGGCUCGUCUGAGGAGGAUGGUGGUGAGGCUGUGUUCGGCGGUGUUGACGAGACUGCAUAUACCGGCUCGAUUGACUAUGUCCCUGUUCGCCGAAAGGCUUACUGGGAAGUUGAACUGGAGAAGAUUGCACUUGGCGACGAUGAGCUGGUGCUUGAGAACACUGGUGCUGCCAUUGACACUGGUACCUCCUUGAUUGCUCUGCCCACUGACAUGGCUGAGAUGCUCAAUACGCAAAUCGGGGCAACCAAGUCGUGGAACGGACAAUACACGGUGGAUUGCUCCAAGGUGCCUGACCUCCCGGAUCUGACCUUCACCUUCAACGGCAACUCGUACCCGCUGAAGGGCACAGACUAUAUCUUGGAGGUGUCCGGAACUUGUAUGUCCGCAUUCACGGGCAUGGACAUCCAGAUGCCCGGUGGUGGAUCGCUCUGGAUUGUCGGCGACGUCUUCCUCAGGCGAUACUAUACAGUGUAUGACCUCGGCAGGAACGCAGUUGGUUUCGCCAAGUCUGUCUGAGUUGCAAACUAAGGUUGUAGGAGCGUUUAGUUGUGAUGGACGUUCUACGGGGUCUCCGAUUUCUCUUGCACGACUGGUCAGAAUGUGUCCUUGUUGUAGUAUAGCUUUGCAUCGAAGUCUAUUCUGUAAUUGCA